GGCUCUGUCCCACCAAAGCCACUCUCAGCGUCUCCGCACGCGGGACAAGCUGAGACCUGCGACCUUUCCCGCGUGCUUGCGGGUCUCGAGGGUCCACGCCCCUCCUCUCGCCCGGCUCCAGCGGCAGAGGACUCCGACCACACUUGAAUGUGAAAUCUGACUCUUGAGUGGCUGCUGAGGAACCAAGCCAUCAUCAUGGAGUUCGUGAUGAAACAGGCCCUGGGAGGGGCCACCAAGGACAUGGGGAAGAUGCUUGGGGGUGAUGAGGAGAAGGACCCUGAUGCUGCCAAGAAGGAGGAGGAACGACAGGAGGCACUGCGGCAGGCAGAGGAGGAGCGUAAGGCCAAGUAUGCCAAGAUGGAAGCAGAGCGUGAGGUCAUGCGGCAGGGCAUCCGUGACAAGUACGGCAUUAAGAAGAAGGAGGAGCGUGAAGCUGAGGCCCAGGCAGCCAUGGAGGCCAACGCGGAGGGUAGCCUGACUCGACCCAAAAAGGCCAUCCCUCCAGGCUGCGGAGACGAACCAGAGGAGGAGGAUGAGAGCAUCCUGGACACCGUCAUCAAGUACCUGCCUGGGCCACUGCAGGACAUGUUCAAGAAGUAAUGCUACCCAGUCAGCGAUGGGAGCCCCGCCCUCUGUACAGAUUCCCACCCCCCACCCCCACCCCCGCGGAGGCCCCCCCACCAAGGGAUGUUGGGAGCAGAUGCAGCCCCCCACGCCACAAUAAGCCAUAGUCCUAGAUCUGUCCUGCCCAUGCCCCCUAGCGCCUCGGGAGCCUUCGGCCGCCCCUCCCCGCACUGCCAUUACUGACACCACCUGACAAAGGAUUGACCCUCAGGUCUCCGGGGUCCUGCUGAAGGCCAGAGUCUCAUACUCUCCACUCUUGCCUGUGGGUGGUCGGACCCUCCUCCACCUUACUGAUCUCGCAUUCACCCCCCCCCACACACCUAGCCCAACGAGGUCAGGCCCCAGAGGGCCAGUCCUGACCAUGAAGCAUCGUCCCUUCAUGGGUGGGUGCCUGUUGGGGCCCAAACUCAGGAGCACAGCCAUAGUGGGGUGGGGCCUAGGGAGUGGGCAAUGGGUGCCCGGGGGCCCCAGCCGCUCCCAGAGCCCAAUGCCCCAGUUUCUGGACCCAUUGUACCUGCUGGACCACGCUCUGUCGUCUUGUCUAGUGUCCGCUGGCAGCCCUUCCAUUCUUUGUCCAGCUGUCUCUUUGUUGCUCCCCCUCUUCCUUCUUCGCUGUUGUUCCGAAAGGUUUGGCCUCUUGGGAAUGCCGCUCCCAACUCAACCAGGGGAAACAAAGCAAUAGGUUUAGGGGCGUUCUCAGACACACCUCGAGUCCUUUGGCACUCCCUGUGAUGCGAGCUCUCCUGAGUCCCAACUCUUCCUGGUAGUCUCCUGCCCUCUCCACAGAGGGCACAGUUGGUCCCUGGGGAGCUCCUGCCUUUCCUACUGAACAUCCAUCUUCAAAUCUUUCUAAUCAAGAAAUCCAAGGCUUUGGGGACCCACAUGCAGAGCAGACAGAGGACCUUGGGGUUGGGUGUCCUCACCCUCCCAGCCCAUCCCUCCUCUGAAGGGCUGAGGGUAGCCAGCAGGUGCAAGCCCCUGGGUUGGGGCUGUGGUGUUCUGUUCUGCUCUGCAGGAAGCCCAGCCAGGCCUGCGACCCAGCUCCCCUCUCCCUCUGCCCGGCCAGUGACCCUUUGUUCAUUCUUGUUUAAUUUACAUCAUAAUAUGUUGAAUCUCAGGUAAAUGAGGUCUGUAUUUGAUGAGUUUUCUCUUGACAGAAAGGCCAUCGUAGCCUGGUUUUCCCCGGCCCUUUCUGUCCACAUCAAAACUGCAUUCAGCGUUCAAGAGUUGCGUGGGGCCAGGGGCGUGGCUUGGCAUUGACCUUCAUGACCUUACAUAGCUCUUUAGAGAAGCCAUAACAAUUAGACUGCAAUACUUACUAGACUGCCCUCUGCCCAAAGACAUGAAGCAUGCCCGGCGCACGCGCGGCCCUUUGCGCCCCCACCGGUUUUCACGCGUUGAAAAGCCGGCUGCGAGCAGACUGGGCAUUCGCUAGUUACCCUGCAUCUCGUUCCUCGCAUGGGGCGCCGGGCCGCCGAGCUUAGCAUAGCGCGUGUUACCUGUCCGUCUGUCCUGUGCCUGCGCCUCCUCCUGCAUGUCGGAGGUCUCACGUGUGUUCUCUCCGGAGGGAAUCACAGCCAAUAAACAGUGAUUUCACA